AUGGUGAACGGUGUUUCUGGAGCUCUGCAGCGGAGCAGAGUCGGGGUCUGGACUUGGACAAAGGACGCAAUCUCGGGGUCUCAAAGACGUAAUCCGUCUGUCUCCUGUUGCGACUCGCUCGGCCCUCCGACGCCAAAGGGAAGAGGUUGGAUAUCCACGGAGAAGGAGAUCUGGGAAAAGAAGAAAGAGGAGAUCGAGGAAGCUGAGCGGAUCAAACGAAACAAAGCGGUCACGAUCUUUGACUUGAAUGCAAAUGUUAUAGACCAUCAAGGACCAGUAGAAGAUUCAGCUCCAAGGAUAGGAGAGGAGAGGAAAAUAGACACAACAGAGAAGGUGGUUUGUGUAACCGGAGGGGCUGGUUACGUAGCAUCAUGGCUCAUCAACUUUAUAGCUUCAUAAAGGGGCUAUACAGUCAAAGCGACCAUCCGCGACACCAGUAACAGAUGAUUCACGGAGGCACAACAUCUUCUGGCACUUGAAGGGGCCAAGGAGCUGCAUUUGUUUAAAGCAGAUUUGCUAGAAGAAGGGUCCUUUGACUCGAUAGUCGAUGGGUGGAGCUGUUUUCAUACAGCAUCACCUGUGGUUUUCUCAGCUUCGGAUCCCCAGGCUGAAAUAGUGGAUCCAGCAGUCAGAGGCACCUUAAACGUUCUCAAAUCAUGUGCAAAAGUCCCUUCUAUCAAGCGGGUGGUUGUGACCUCCUCCAUGGCUGCAGUAGUGCUCAAUGGAAAACCUCUGACCUCUGGUGUGGUGGUUGAUGAAACAUGGUUCUCGGAUCCGGUUUUCUGCGAGGAAUCAAGGUAGUAAGAUGCUUUGGUAUAUGCUCUCAAAACCUUGGCGGAGAAGGCUGCUUGGGAAUUUGCUAAAGAGAAGAGGAUCGACCUGGUCGUGAUGAACCCAGGACAUGUGAUUGGCCCUUUGCAGCCUACAGUCAAUCUGUCGGUGGAAUUGAUAUUGAACUUUGUCAACGGAACUAAAGAAUUUCCCAAUGCAUCCUACGGAUUUGUUGAUGUCCGAGACGUCGCAGCACAUAUUCAAGCUCUUGAAAACUCUUCAGCCAGCGGCAGAUAUUGCAUAGUUGGAGGAGUAAUGCACCGUCCUGACAUGUCAAAGAUCUUGCACCAUCUCUAUCCCACAUUGCGCCUCCCAAAAAGAUGUGAAGACGACAAGCCUGCUGUGGUGGCUCAUCGGAUAUCUAGGGAAAAAGUAGAAGGUUUGGGUGUGAAUUUCAUACCUCUGGAGGUUAGCAUAAAAGAAACUGUUGUCAAGGAGAAAGGUUUCCUCUCUUUUGAGCUUUUUCUUCAAGGUCGGCCUAAGCGACAUCGUUGGGAGCCUUAA